AUGUCGCCCGAUGCCGUUAUUCCAGGCUCCACGGUUUCUCAGGCUGCAGCAGACUUGAAGCAAUUCUGCCUGCAGAAUGCACAACAUGAUCCCCUAUUGACAGGAGUAUCAUCAAGUACAAAUCCAUUCAGACCCCAGAAAGUUUGUUCAUUUUUGUAA